CUUCCACAAUUAUUAGAUGAUGAAACUAAUUAUGAAGAAUCAAGUGAAGAAAAUAUAAAUUCGUAUGAAGUAAAUAACGAAACAAUUGAAAAUGGUUUUAGUUCACAGACCUUUGUGCCCUCUAUACCACCUGGACGUAGUGAAAAUGAUGCAAUAAAUGAAGCACUUAACCAAAUGCAACCAAGCAAUUUAACAGAUGAAAAUUCAUUGGUUGAUUGGCCAUAUAUCGAAGCUUCAUCUAUUAAUGAAUUUUGUAUUGCAGACUUUCGCAGCCACAGAAUCAAAGAAGUAAAGCCAGCAGAAUAUUUCAAGCAUCUGCUGCUUUAUAAAGAUGAAGAAAAGCAAUUAACUGCAGCUGAGGUUCUGGACUUAAUGCAAAACGAUCCUAACAUGGCAAACCGUGUAGUGCGAUAUGGUGAAGAAAAUUCUUUAGAGCGAGAGACUGAUCAAGAAGCUGCAAAACAAGCACCUAUAAUUGAAUGGGAAAAAAUGAGUAAUAAUCAAGAAAAAAUGAAAGAAGUGGUGCGCUACUUAGACUCGUUAGUAAAAACAAUAAAUCCUGAUCAGCAUGCACCUCCACCAAACAUAAGUUACGAUUGGGAAGGUAAAAAUCAACUACGAUAUCCUGAAUUAGAAAAUGUCAGAACUUUUAUUCAGCAGGCAAUGCAUAAUAAUACUAUUACUCCUGAAAUUGAAAAUGAUGUAGAAAUUGAUCAGAGCACGCUAAACAAAAAACAAAAAUUAUAUUCAAGUGUAUAG